AUGGCCACCAUCGACGAAGUAGAAAUAGAGGGAGCUAGAAUGGAAACAGACACACAUGAUCGAAGUAUUGAUAAUGGAGAUUUUAACAAUGGAGAUUCAAAUUCAGAGGAAGGUUUUGAUGAUGAUGAUCAUGAGGUGGGACUGAUUCAGAACAUGAUGGGGAUAGCUCCGGAAUCCCAUACUUCAGUUGUGGAUCCUGCUAAUACAAUUGGUAUAGAUGGACCGGAGGACAUGGGUAAUGUUGAUUUCAGGAAUCUGAGUAGGGAAGAUUUAAUGAAGUAUCACUUUGUAGAUCGUGAAGUUGCUUUCACAUUUUACAAUUGGUAUGCAAGGUUGAGAGGAUUUUCAGCUCGUAAAAGCAGCCUAUUGCGUAGUAAAAAAGGUGUUCCGAUUCAACAAACACUUGUUUGUUAUAGGCAAGGGCAGAAGGAGAAGAGAACUGUGGAUGUUAAUAGACCGAGGCGUCGAUCAAGGAAGGACGCGUGGUGUGGGUGCCAGGCCUUAUGUCGUGUUCACAUUGAUUAUUACAGUGGUCGUUGGUAUGUAAUUUAUAUUAACGAUUCUCACAAUCACUCAUUAGUUAAUGAUAAGCAUGUCGGUUUAUUACCUUGCCAUAGGGGGAUGGAUGAUGGGGAUAUUGUGCAGAUGAAUAAAAUGAGGAAUGCGGGUAUUGGGAAUUCUAAGAUUUAUGGUACAUUUGCUACUGAAAUGGGUGGAUAUGAUCGAGUGCCAUUCUUCAAAGAGGAUAUGCAUAAUGAAGUACAAAGGGAGAGGCGCAAACGCCCUGGGGAUGCAAAGGGUGUUCUUGCUCACUUUCGGCAGCUUAAAAAAAGUGAUCCGUCUUUGUAUUGGAAGCAUCUUGCGAAUGAUGAUGGUAGGUUGUUGCAUUUGUUUUGGGCAGAUGGCCACAAUCAAAGAGAUUACUCAAUAUUCGGGGAUGUGCUCGCAUUUGAUGCAACCUACAAAAAGAACAAGUACAAAUGUCCUUUUGUUGUCUUUUCUGGGGUGAAUCACCAUAAUCAAAUUAUUAUAUUUGCUAGUGUUAUUGUGUCUAAUGAGAAGGAAGACACAUAUGUAUGGUUGCUUCAACAAUUAUUAACUGCAAUGAAGGGUAAAAUUCCAAUAUAUGUUAUCACUGAUGGUGACCCAGCCAUGUGA